CUCACUCUAUUUGUUCUUAGUUAAUAACUAAGGCAAGGAGAGAGUUGUUCUCUACUAUCUCUCUGCUAUCUUCUUCUUCAUCAUCAUCCUCCUCCUUGUCAUCACUGUGUCAUGUGAUCAUGGGAUUUCAGAAGCCUGCUUGGUUAGAAGCCCUUUAUGCACAGAAGUUCUUUGUGGGUUGCUCUACACAUGAGACAUCAAAGAAGAAUGAAAAGAACAUUUUCUGUUUGGAUUGUUGCACCAGUAUUUGCCCUCAUUGUUUACCAUCACACCGGUUUCAUCGUCUAGUUCAGAUUCGUCGAUACGUAUACCACGACGUCGUUCGAUUGGAAGACCUUGAGAAGCUUAUAGAUUGCUCUAAUGUUCAAGCCUACACCAUUAAUAGUGCCAAAGUGGUGUUCAUCAAGAAAAGACCUCAGAGUAGACAGUUUAAGGGCUCAGGCAACUAUUGCACUUCAUGUGAUAGAAGCCUCCAAGAACCUUAUAUUCAUUGCUCUCUUGGGUGCAAGGUGGAGUUUGUAUUGAAGCAGAUGAAGGAUCUGUCGCCUUACUUGAGAAGUUGCAAAACAUUACAACUCAGUCCAGACUUGAUGAUACCUCAAGAGACAGGAGAAGAUGAGAUGACAAAUGAAACACCCCAUUCAACAGUGGUAGACUGUGAUCAGGAGGAGCCUAUGAGCUGCUCAUCAUCAUCAUUUUCAGGAUCGUCUGGGUCGGAGACUAUGAGUAAUAUGGUGUACAGUACUCAUUCGUUUGUUAGAAAGAAGAGGAGUGGAGUAGUGUACGUGUGUACGAGGUCAGCUAAUAGAGUUUCAUCAGAUGAAGACAUGGGUUCAAGCAUGAGUAGAAGAAAAGGGAUACCUCAUAGAUCUCCUCUGUGUUAGCCAAAUUUAAAAAAUUAGGAAUAAUUUAUGUUCUUAACUGAAUUCAAUUGCUUUAGUUUCUUCUUCCAAUUCCAAGUUCCAAG